AUGGCGGAAACUGUUGUUGUUGAAAGUAUGGACAAGACGGAAGCUCGAGGAAGUGACGAUGAUGCUUUUAAUCUUGACAGUUCAGGUAGUGAGAGUUCUGAGAGCGAAGAAUCUGAGGCCGCCCCAGUACGACAAAAGCGGCAAUACAACGACAAGAAGAUAGAUAAACCUCUGUCGGAAAUUGUGGCAGAAAGUAGAAUUGGACAGAGAAGGUACGAGAAUAAAGCUGGUGAUUUCAUCACUGGUUUUGAUGUCACUUCACAGGAGUAUAAAGCUAAAAAGAAAGAAAGAGGCAAAAGAUUCGGUAUUGGCAAGGUUGACGAUGAGAAGAUGGAGUUAGAUUCAUCAUUAGAACAGUUCAUCAAUGACGACGAAGAUAUCCGUUUAGAUGCUUUACAUUUAAAAGGUGUAGAUAACAUGAGUACUCAAGACAUCUUUGAUUAUUUCAAAGAAUUCCAACCAGGUUCCAUUGAAUGGAUAGACGAUACAUCCUGUAAUGUUGUUUGGUUGGACCCACACACUGCAAGAAGGGCAUUAUUGGCGCGGAGUAAACAAAUGUCUACCACUGCUGUACAAGAAGAUAAUUCAUCACAACCAAAUAUACAAGAGAAACAUUCUUCUGAUAUGGAAGAAGAUGUUAUCCUUGAUUUAGAAGUGGACACUGAAGACAAAGAGACUGGGGAAUUAGAAAGACAUCAGGGAAAAAUUAAGCUCUCACCAAUACGCUUUGAAGAAGAAACGGGUGAAGUGAGCACAGAGAAUAAAUUACAACAAAGUCAACAGAAUAAUGAUAAAAUUUACAGAGUGGGAGUCCCGCAUCAUAAAGCCAAAAAGUUAUUACUACGCUAUGCAACUAAACGUGACAGAAAACAGAAAGGUGCUGCCAAAAAAAGUAAAUACUAUGUAAAGCAUGGUAAUCCCAAUUUUGGUGGAAUGAAAGGUCUUAUAAGUCAGUCAUUGCAAAGAAAGAUAAAAUCAGGUAGUGUUAUUCCUGGAAAACGGAAAAGAUCGUUGAUUAAUUAUCAAGAUUUAGAUGUAUUUAAUGAUGAUAAUCAUGGAAACAUGCAAGAUGAUUAUGAUGUGGUGGAGGAGGCAGAAGAGGAGGAAUAUGUGUCAGAUGGUAAUGAAGAAAAGAAAAAAGACUCUGAUAUUGAGGAGAUGGAGUUAGAAGUUGAGAGAUUGACAAGGCCACUAGUCGCUGAGAAAAGAAUACGUGGGAUGUAUGCUGAUCAAGUGGAAGAGCAGUUGAAAGAUAUUAGGAAACAACAGUUUGAGAAAAGUGGAAAGAUUAAAGUAGUCGUAGAUGCACGACAAAGACUUUCAAGUAAAAUGAAAAACAGGAUUGGACAUCCGAUAUUGGAAGAUAGUACAAAACAAAAUUUCAAAAUUGUUGUGGAUUCACCAAUACAACAUUCAAAAAGAAGGAAAACAGACGAUUCUGAAUUUGAACCAGACUUAAGAAUGAAGUUGAUGAAUAAAAAAACAAAUAAAAGACUACUGGAUAAUCUUCCAUCGCUUUCCAUUGAGAUACAGGACGAUAAUUGA